AUGGCUUCUUCUUUGCCACAUCUUGUAUGGUUUGUGGCUAUACUUUUGAUAUCCAAUAGUGUAGAAGCAAGUCAUAAACCUUAUUCAUGGAGAAAAUACUAUAGUUACAAGUCAGCACCAACGUCUACGCCUAACCCUGACAAGUCACCAGGUCAAUCAUCUCCAUCACCACAACUAUCAUCCUCAGAUUAUUACAUUUCUAGUCCACCAUCACCUUUAGGGUGGUUCUCUCCUCAACCCUCACUAGUGCCUUCACCUACACCAACCUCAUCACCACUAUCGCCGUCUCCAAAUGAUUUUAGUUCCCCUCCCUCACCUUCAAAAUGGGCAUGGGAACCAUCUCCUAGUUAUACGAUAUCUCCUCAAUCAUCGACUGUACUUACACCUUCUAAUCCUGACCAGUCUCCACCAUCACCUACAGAAUGGUUCUCUCCUCGAGCUUCCCCAGUGCCUUCACCAGCUAUAUUAUCACUAUCACCAUCACCCUCACCUUCAAGAUGGGCCCCAUCCCCAUAUUCCUAUUCAUGGGAACCAUCUCCUAGUUAUACGACAUCUCCUCAAUCAUCGCCUGUACUUGCACCAUCUAAUCCUGACCAGUCCCCGCCAUCACCUAUAGAAUGGUUCUCUCCUCGACCUUCCCAAGUGCCUUCACCGGCUAUAUCGGCACUAUCACCAUCACCCUCACCUUCAAGAUGGGCCCCAUCCCCAUAUUCCUAUUCAUGGGAACCAUCUCCUAGUUAUACGACAUCUCCUCAAUCAUCGCCUGUACUUGCACCAUCUAAUCCUGACCAGUCCCCACCAUCACCUAUCCAAUGGUUCUCUCCUCGACCUUCCCCAGUGCCUUCAACAGUUACAUCACCACUAUCACCAUCACCUUAUGAUAACAGUUCACCACCCUCGCCUUCAGAAUGGGCACCAUCUCCUCAGUCAUCGGUUGUACCUGUACCUGCACCUGCACCUUUGUAUUCACCACCACCAUACUACUAUAAAUCUACACCUCCUCCAUCACCAUCUCCCCCUCCUCCUUAUUACUAUAACUCUCCUCCCCCACCAUCACCUUCUCCUCCUCCUCCAUACGUUUACAAGUCACCACCACCACCAUCUUCACCUCCACCUCCUCCAUAUUACUACAAUUCACCACCGCCACCAUCUCCAUCCCCUCCUCCUCCAUAUUACUACAAUUCACCACCACCUCCAUCUUACUAA